AUGAGUGAAGCGAAGACGAUUGUGCGGAUAACAACAAGAGAGAAUACAUACAAAAGGAACAGGAAAUUGGCCAUUUUCCCGCAGAAUGCAGUAAUCAGGCACAAAGAGAAGAAUGUUGUGAAGGAUCUUAUGAAGUUUUCUGAAAUUUCAACUGCUGAAACAUCGCAAAAGGCAUUUGUGGAAGAGCAUGUAAAUAAGUGGAUUGAUGGGAUUUUCCAUGGAAUCUGCCAAUUCGUUGUAGUUGCUGGAACUGAGGAAAGCGGGAAGAAUUAUUUAAUAAAGGGGAGUAACUCCACUCCUGGGAUCAUUCCGUUCCUUGAAAAACGACUUGCUACUCUAGGGGCCGAAUUAGCACUCACCUCUAAAGUAUCGUAUCUUCGGUAUCACAAGCACACGUUUUGGGACAUUCUAAAUCCAAAUCGCAGUUCUGUUUCUCUACAAUCUUCAAAUGACAUAUAUUCUUUCCCUUCUGUUAAAUCCCUUCCUCUCUCCGACAUGAAGAGUGUGAGCGAAGUCGAGACCACAAUCCAUUCCUCCCUCCACUCGACCUAUCAAGACACCACCGGCCCCUCUCUCUGGAUGUUCACUGUAUAG